GUCUCAGCAUAAUCAGUGACAGCCCACUGACAGGUCCAGAAACUGACUUCUAGGGCUUUUUAUUAAAAAAAAAAAAAAGUACUGUGAAGGAGGAAGGAAGGAGCCUGCGACUUUACUGUGCAAGAGAGUUUGAAAGUUUUUUUUUUUUUCUUUUUCGACCCACGUGGGGACAAAGUCACCAGGGUUCAUGUGUGACAUAUACAACCUGGACUCGUACUCCGCGUCUCCACAAUGCAACAUGAGUUGGGCGAUGGAGCCUGCUAACUUCUACGAGAGCAGCAAGCUGGGGGCCCCCCAGCAGCCCGGGCUCUGCAAGGCGGCCGGUGGCAGGACGGCCGCCCCGGCCGGAGACACCACCACCACCCCGGGGGAGAUGAGCGCCGCCCCGGCCAUGUACGACGACGAGAGCGCCAUCGACUUCAGCCAGUACAUCGAGUCCAUGACGUCCCUCACCUCCGUGCCGAACCUGGAGCUGUGCAACGACGAGCUCUUCCUCGACCUGUUCAACUCCGUGAAGCAGGAGAAGGCGGAUUUCUACAACCUGCAGAGCUCCGGCAUGCAGCCGCAUCUGCAGCAGCCGCAUCUGCAGCUGCAGCAGCAGCUGGAAAAGGGGGCGUUCAGCGCGCCCAUCAAGCACGAGUCCGACUGGAGCGACAGCGACAUGUCCUCGUCGCUUCCCUCCCAGAUCGAGACCUGCGCCCAGACCUCCGUGAGCCUCCCCUGCACGGGCCAGCCCACCCCGCCGACCACGCCGGAGCCCGGCUCCUCCAGCUCCGCCGCCAGCUCCGCCCGCUCCUCCCCGAGGAAGAGCGGCAGCAGGGAGAAGGGCAAGAAGGGGCUGGACCGCUGCAGCGUGGAGUACCGGCAGAGGCGAGAAAGGAAUAACAUUGCCGUGAGGAAAAGCAGGGACAAAGCCAAGAGGCGCAACUUGGACAUGCAGCAGAAGCUGCUUGAACUGAGCAACGACAACGACAAGCUGCACAAAACCAUCGAGCAUCUGACCAGAGAGCUCAGCGGACUCAGAGAUUUCUUCAAGCAGAUACCCAACUCCUCGUUGCUCGGCGCCACCAGUGCAGAGAGUCGGUGACUUUAAUUAAAUCUUCUAUGAACUGAACAGGAGACAUACCUCAACAUACCCCUUUUUACCAUCUGUACCAGAUGUAUUUUAAGCUUACCAUAAUAAUGGCACUAGAAAAUAUGUUGUUGCUGACAUAUUUUUGUGGGAUUUUUUUCUUCUUCUCUGUAUUAAGUUAUUUUACCACUGCAUUUACAUGUUAUACCUGAUAUGGUCCUUGUUUUAUAAUUCCUACAUUUGUAUAAAAGCCAGAAUAUGACCUUUUAUAUAGUUUGUAUGAAACUUUGAAAACAUUUUUGUUUAUGGAAUCUGUAAUAAAAAUCACUGAAAGUGCAGAAA